AGAGAGGAUUCUAUUUGUUCGAUAUGGCGUUUGAUAGAAUCGGUCCAUUCAGUACAUUCCAGUCGUCGAACGUCACCAGGAAAGGUCAUAAACGUCCCCAUCAAUAUCUGCUUUUUAAGUUAUUGUUUCGUAAUGAGUAAUGGUAACACUGUUGGGAAAGACUACGAAAGUUCUAAAAUAGGAUAUUCGGCAGUGGUUUGGACGGUCUUCUCACAGCUGCGAAAACUGCGACAUUAUCAGGAAGAUCAGGAAUUCUGGAAUGUUCGACCUUUGACCCUGCAGAACUCCGAACCGAACGCAGCGGUGACCUAGAUCUUCCGAUAUCUCCGACUUUUGAAGAAUCUUUUGGACGUCUUGAAGGAAACAAAUGGAGCCAACAGUCAUUAUCAAAGAGGAAAAGCAGGACAUCCUGGACACAUAUGGGUGUGGUAUUCCGGUUGAUGACGGUGUUCACGUUACUCCAGUAACCCUCCUCGACGAACGCGAUUUCCUAUCAACGUAUGUGCCUGCCAAAAGUGAAGACAGCGACCAGGAACGUUUCCCGGUAUAUUUACAACAUUAUUGCCCUUCACCCAGUGGCUCGGAAAACACGGGAAAACUUCCGGAAACCUCGUUAUGUCAUUUCCGAAUGCAAGAAGGAGAAGAGCAAGAGAAAGGGAAAUACAAUGAAGACGACGAAUAUACAAAGAAGGAGAAAGAACAUGUGCAGAUCUUACACCCUUCAAUCAGUGGCUCUUCAAAAGAAUAUGUGGGUACCAUAUUACGUCAUUUUUGGUUGCAAGAAAGAGAAGAGCAUGAAAUAGGAAAAUACAGUGGAGACGUUGAAUAUGAGGAGAGGAAAGAACACGUACAGAUCUUACCAGGUAGUCCUCAAAUCAGUGCUCCUUCGGAAGACCAUCUGGGUUCUUCUAUAUGUCAUUUUCCGAUGCUGAAAGAAAAAGAAGAGCAGAAGAUGAGGAUACGCAAUGGAGAGGACGAAUAUGAGGAAGGGAAAGAGGACACACAGAUCGAACAUAGUCCUCCAAUCAGUGGUUCUUUGGAAGAACAUCCAGGUACUUCGUUGCGUCAUUUCCGGGUGCUAGAAGAAGAAAAAGAGGAAGGAGGAGAGCAGGAGAUGGGGAGCUGUGAUGGAGAAGACGGAAGUGAGAUGGAGAAAGAACACCAAGACUUAGAGAAAGGAGGAAAUCAUAUGAUGGAGAGAUGUGACGGAGAAGACGAAAGUGAGAUGGAGAAAGAAUACCAUGAGGAAAAAGGAAAUCAUGUAAUGGAGAGAAAUGACGGAGAAGACGAAAAUGACAGGGAGAAAGAACACCAAGAGAAAGGAGGAAAUCAUGUGAUGGAGAGCUGUGAAGGAGACGACGAAGAUGAGAGGAAGAAAGAACACCAAGAAGAAAGAGGAAAUCAUGAGAUGGAGAGCUGUGACCGAGAAGACAAAAAUGAGAGGGAGAAAGAACACACCUGUCCGCAGUGCCCGUUCACCACAGAGCUAAAAGCUGACUUGCUGCGUCACCUUAAGGAAUGCCAUUGUCACGAGGGUGUCACGAGGUGA